UAAAUCACUUACAUCCAGGUUAUUAUAGUCGCCCAGCACAAUUAUUCCACAAUCUGUUGAUGAAUCACGGACACUAUCAAUAGUUUCACUUAAAUAAUGAACAAAUUCUCGCUGUUUAUCGGCACAUGUUUCAGGAGGACAAUAUAGAACAGCAAUGAGUAUACCACAGAGGGGCCUUGGCAGACGAUAAGGUCGCAACCAUAGCCACAUACAUUCAUAAUUUGCGUUUUCUAGAUCAAGUAACCGUUUGCAUGGUAUGUUUUCUGAAACGAAGGCACAAACACCGCCUCCACGCCCGCUCAAUCUAUCCAGACGAUAUAAAUCAUACCCGGCGAUAGUGACAAAUAACGAGUCUAUUUGUUCAUUCAACCAAGAUUCGGAAAUGGCAACAAUGUCCGCUUUGUUUAACAUUAAAAACGUAGACAAUUCGUCAAACUUGGGUACUAAUGAUCUUAUAUUACUAAGUAGGACAUGAGGUAAUUGAGAAGAAGUCUUAUUAUUGUUGUUUUCCGGAUGACAUUUGAUUGAUACCAAAUUAUUCCAAUUCACCGUUCCGGUUGUAUGACCCCAGGCAGAGCGGCUUUCUCUGCCUCGAGGGGAAAUAAUGACAGAGAUUUUACGUUUCCCACCACGCGAACCUCUAUAACGUAGCAAACCCAGGUCUUUAAGUGUUGAAACAAAAAAAACAAAAAAAACACCUCUUUAAGUUCCAAAACAUGUCCCUUUUCGGCGGACUUUUUUAAGUCAUUAACAAUCCAUGCCAGUACAACGCCCUUCUCAUCAGUACCCUCCACCUUCGAGUGUGAUGCAUUUCGGAGGAAUUUUUUGUAAUAAUUUGGAUGGUACUUUCCCUGAACUGCAAUCAAAUCAUUAACCCCUGGCACACGCAUGGAAAGACUGUGAUCGCAUUUUGCACCAUUAAUGAAUCUGCUUACUCACUUUAAAGGUCGUAAUGGAACACAAUGUUUCUUUAUUGGAUUGUUUUUGCUGACAGAAAAGGCAUAACUCCCAGUCAGUCGUUGAAGUACUACGUUGCAGGCCUGACACGGUCGCUGGCGGCUUCUCUAUUGAGGCAGCACUAGGCUUUUGAGACAUUUUUAAUCUAUUUAUUUUACCUUUAUCAGUGAAAACUGCAGUGAAAUUCAUUCUGCAUGUCACCCUCCAUUGCAUUUAAAAUCCUGUCGAUCGUAUCUGCGCUUUUAAUAUCUCAUAAUGUCCUUCUUUCCUCGGGAGACACUUUUAGUGAGAGCAAGCCUUGUGUUGUCGCACUGUAAAGAACAUUUCGCUUAGAUUCCUGAAAGAAUAAUGCAGUCGCAGUAGGAAGGACCAGGUUUGGAUCACUUUAAACUAAUACGUUCUUCCAUAAUUUAAUGCAUAUUCUACACUAUUGUCGCUGUCAUCAUCUAAUACAUUUUCCACUACGAAUAUUAAUUCCCUCGAAACAUUGUUAUUGACUUUGAGGUAAGUCUAUACAGUGUUUAGAUAGUGUCUAGACAAUGUCUAGACAGUAUAUAGACAAGCAAAAAAUAGAGAUAAGUCUGUUCUCACGCUAAUUUUAGAUCUUUUGGUUAUCUAUAUAUUGUCUAUAUUCAUAUUUUUUCUUGCCGUUAGGAAAAUAGUGAAUACAGCCUCGUUUUCAUGCAAUUGUGCUGAUUAGUGUUCACAUGAUAAUUAUUCCUUUUUUUAAGACAAAAUAUAUGUUUGAUACAGAAGACACUUGAUAUACCUAUUUGUGUGCUUUCUUUUGAACCAGAAACCAGAAAGUAACAAAUUUGGAUAAGCAUCAGUUGCACAAAACAUGCUAAUUAUGCUAAUCAAUUAAUUAAUUAAUUAAUUAAUGACCAACAAAAAUAGAAAAAUCAUUAAAUAGCCUCGAUUAAUGCUAGUUAGCUAAUUAACAGGCUUAAAACGCAAAUUCAUGCAUGGUAAACAAGAUAUUCGUAAUCAGCACCCAAAAAUUAUGGGUGCUGAUUAAAUUGUUUACCAACUUUUCCUCCAGUUUGCCGCUAGAAUUUUUUAGAGGCUUUUUUCAGUAUGGGUCCUAGUCUGAGAGAUUCAUUCAUAAAAUUACUGUAGCUAUAAAUUGACAAACAAACAUGUCAGGUGAGCAUGAAGGUAACAGCUAAUAGCUGAAGGGCUCAAAACAUAUAGAAGCAUGAGCUUGCACUGUUGAAAGGUUUGAAAUAGACAAUGGCGCCGUGGGUCCCAUGUUUUAGGGGAGGGGGCCAAAGUCAGUAUUUUUCUUACAAACUCAACAGGUGAAAAUUUUUAGUUUACCCCUGCCUCCCCCUUACAUACGACAACUUUUUUGGUAAAAAAAUUAGUUUCCUUCCCCCCAUCGAAAACUUUUUUUGGAAAAAAUUUUACAGACAAGUAUGUUACAAUGGACACUUUGCAUUACGCAGGGGAAAUAGACAGCCCAAUAACCUUUGGGGCUGUCAAUUUCCCGUUUGCAAUAGAAAACGACUGAAAAACGGCAAACUUUGCACGGCUAUAUUAUCCGCAUUUUACAACAUUUUGUAACGAAACUUUGCAAUAUUACUAAUUUUGUGAUGCUCUUUAAAGAUGUGAGAAAUUUUUGUCUAGACUUGUUGAGAUCAAAAUUUAGUCUAUAAUGCAAAUGGUCCAUUGCCUUUGUAGCAAUUUUUUCAAACUAUCACUUGGCGGCCCUUGCGUAUAUGCAGGUGUACUUGACCACGAAGAUUCAGACAACGUUACCAAUUUUCUGACAGGUCUCGACAAUGGGGGGGGGGAGGCAUGCCCCCUAUUGUGUAUGUGUGUUUAUUUUGGAGAAAACCAAUAGCAUAUGGAUCGACCUAUCAGGAUCGUUUUUCAAUCCUGUGUGGCCAGAGCCACUCAACGAUGGCUCUGGGUACGAGAUUGGUUGAGCAGUUGAUUGUGAUUGGUUCUUUCGCUCUAAAGGAAUGUUGCGGGUGGGAAGGAAAUGCGGGUUAACAAUAAACAAUGGCUGACGCAACGAGUGGCAAAACUGAUAUUAAAUUAUGGUAGAAAUCAGAUAUUUACAUGUAAAUUUUUGCUUAAACUAUGAUAUGGACAAAGUCAAGACUCCCGGAAACCAAUUACAUGGAUAUUUGAAGGGUAAAUGCAUUUGAAACGAGUUGAAUGAUAUAAAGAUAUAUAUAUUUCAAGACUCUGAUAUCAGUAACACUUCACAACUAUGGAAAUUAUAUCUUGUGUAUGCAAUGUCUACAAGAUUAUUGUGUAAAUUGUUGCCCUCCACCUAUCUGUUUGCGUCAACGCAAUUGUAAUUGCAUUUGAAAAGUCUAAUUUAGAAUGUUAUCUACGAAAAUUUAGUCUUUAUCAAGCACUUGAUUCACAAAGUUAAUGGCAGCAUUUUGUUCUGCUUGUGUACACAAUGACAAUCAACAGUUCACAAUUGAACCAGUGGUGUUUGAUACGGUGGCCCAGAAGGGACAAGAUGAAAAUGCUGCAAUAAAACCAGAUUAUAACACAAAGAAGCCAUUUUGUUUGCUUUAUUUUAUUCAUUCUACAAAUAAAAACUUUUGCACACUGCAAAUAAAAAAAACUUUUGUGCACUGCAAAUAAAAAACACUUUUGCAUAUUGCAAAUAAAAAAAAAAUUAAAAUCGUGCGCGCGCAUGAGAUUUCAAAACAAGAGAAAACCAAAAUGGCAUCAUAAUGUUGUGAUGAAACUUUGAAACAUAGCCUGAGCGAAUAUGGUUGUUGAAGAUGAUCUGAAGUCAACGAUGAUUUAGGAAGACAAGUGAGGGGUAUUAUCUUAUUAGAGAUUGGGAAUGGACCAGAUAGUCUUAAUGGCUACCAAACUAUGUGGUACAGUCUUCAACUUAGACAUGGUAUUAAUGUUCCAAGGAACUUAAUACAAGGAAUCUUAAAGGAAGUGGAUCGUCAAGGUGUGCAGAAAGGAGAAAGUGUAGAUGUUUAAAACAGAGAAUGUAUAUUUUGCAAGGGUCUAACCAUUGCUGGCACAUAUAUGGUACGACAAGUUAAAGCCUUUUGGCUUUUCAGUACACGAUUGUGUAGAUGGGUUUAGUAGAAGGAUAAUUUGGCUUGAAGUGUAGAGAUUGUCAUAUCCUUAUAUGGUAUUUAUGUGACAUGACAUGGUAGUUAAGUAAUACUAAUUAUGUAUAUAUAGGCGUGCAUAAAUAUAUUAUGAGAUAUAACAUAUAACACUUGAUCGAGUAAAAACCUAAAUAAAAAGCAUUUAGAUAUACAACGAUAGUACAGAGAUCCAACAAAAAUCCAAGGGCAGUGAUCAAGUAUUUUUUAAACAUGUAAAAGCAUCCAGAGGAUGUCCAACAAGAGUUUAUACUGAUCCCGGUACAGAAAAUGGUUUAAUUGCUGGGAUACAGUGUUAUUUACGUGCAGAAGGUACAGAUGAAUAUGCUGCCUCCAAGGCGCAUAAAUGUUUCAAGCACUAGCAAUCAAAGAGUGCCAAUGGUCACUUUUCAGAAAACAGUUGGUGGAUUGACUUCUUUUACGACCCUCGUGAGUCUGAUACUCUCAAUCUUACCAGUGAAAUACACAUGGAAGCAUUAUGGUUUUGUUUUGCUGGUUUAUUGCAGGCUGACCUGAAUAAGGUUAAGGAACACUGGAACUCACAUCAAAUUAGAAAGUCAAGACAUGGCAGUACGUCUGGUCACAGCUAAUAAAAAUAGGAUGGUUUGGAUAGUGGGCGGAGCUACGUGAUAUGUGUUAUUGUAGGAAAUCCAACUGCAGGAAAUCCAAGAAUGCAUUCAAGAACAUGGAAUAUGCAUUGACAAAUCUCAACUAGAGGAGGACAUCUGUAAAAUAAUGGAUGGACAAACAUGA